AUGAAGGUCUUCAGCGUGCUUGCGUUUGCGCUUGCGCUUAAGGCGCUGGGGCGCGUCUGGGCCAGGCCCGAGGACCAGGCGGCUCAAAACAACGAGGAAAACUCCGGUGACCCCGCAGGCCAGGCCGAAACAGAGCGGCAGCUUCCCGAGGAGUUGACCCUUGACAACUUUGACGAAGUGACCGCCCAGGCACUCACUCUCGUCGAAUUCUACUCGCCCUACUGCUCCCAUUGCAAGAAGCUAGCACCGAUAUGGAAAAAGGCGUAUUUCUUGACCGAGGACGAUCAGCAGAAAUCCAACAUCCGCAUGCGCCAGGUCAACUGCAUCGAAAGCGGCGACUUGUGCGCCCGGGAAAACAUCCGCUUUUACCCGAACUUACGGCUCUAUGCGCCCGAGAAUAUAGAGGGGCUGGCCCCACUGCUGCGGUUUGUAGAUCUGUAUCCGGACGCCCUUGCCCGGACGCCCGAAAACUUCGGCAAGUACUUGAAAAGUGCGGUGGCGGAAUUCGACCAGUCCACUUUGGACAUGGCCAGUUUGUCCGAGCAAAUGGACAUGGACUUGGCUCUCAAGGUGGUGGCGGGCGAGGCCCGUGAGCCCUAUUUUGUGGCGCUUUUCCUGAGCUCCGUCGACGAUUGGGCCGGCUCGAGGUUUCCAGAUAGCUGUCUCGACUGUGCCAAGCACCGCCAGGCCUGGCAUCGAGUUUCCAAUCUCGUGGCUACCUCGGCCCGCACUGCCCAUUUGAAUUGCCACUCACAUCCGCUCUUGUGCGAGAAAUUGGGCUUCCCGGAGUUGGGCAGCCGUGCCAAGCUGCUGGUGCCACGGUACAUGAUGUUUGUUCCGAAGAGCGCCGGGAUGAUCCGCUUCGAUUACAAGGGCCCAUUGUCGGUGAAAGAAAUGAGGGCAUUUGUGGCCAAGUUAGCCACCAACUACUUGUACGAGGACAUCAGCACGCACGGCUUGGAGGUGGUGAACGUGUUGAAGACCGAGCUUCCCCAAGAGCCGCAAGACUUGUACUACCCGAUCUCCAACAAAAUGGCGUUGGUACUCGCGUACGACCUCGAAACCGUGACUCCCGAGGACAAAGCCAUCUUGCCGUAUUUGUUGGACACCGUGACGCAGUUGCCGUUCGACAUUUCCUUGGCGGUGUGCCACAGUUCGAACGUUCAGGAAACACUUGAGAAACAGGCCAAGGGCUUGACCCAAUACGCCAAUUCCGACAAAACGUUUGCGGACAUUCCCUUCGACCGGCGCUUGCACCUCGCCACGAGCUUGAGUGCCAGGCCCACGCUAUACAUCUUCAAAGAGAACUCCUUGAUUCCUGCCAUCUACCAAAACUUUGCCUUGGAAGACAUGCGCAACGCCAAGAAGAUCGAGGCUUUCAUUCGCAAGAAUAUGUAUCCAUUGUACGGCGAGUUGACGCCGCGCUUGUACGACAACUACUUUUACAAGAAAGGCAAGAGGAACGGCGACAAUGACAAGGUGGUGAUCACGUUCUUGAACGCGGGCGACGCCACGGCAAUCAAACACACGUUGUUCAACUUGUCGAUGGUCGCGCACCAGUAUCACGUAGAGAAGAAUCGGUACUAUUUCGAGGACUUGUUGCAGGAGAGGGAAAAGAAGAGCCAGAAGGUGGCCAAGAUGAAGGAGGAGGAUUCAAAGACCACAGAAAUCAUCCAGCAGAUGCGCCAGCUGGUGCCACACUUGUUUGACCACGACAAUGUGCUCUUCACGUACGUCGACAUGGUGCAGUAUCCUGAUUUCGCCAGGGACUACGGACUCAACAUCGACGGCAAGGAAUACAAAACCGGAGACACCAUCGUGGUGUCCAAGCACCAAAAGCUCUACUGGGACCAUGAUUUCACGGGGGCGCAGCUCACCAGCAACAGGCAGGUGUUGCGUGAGGUUUUGAAGUACUUGGUAAGUCCCAAGCUUGUGCCGAAAGAGACCACGUUGACUUCGAAGCUUGUUGGUAGUCCCUACCACAGUCGCCUCCGUGGUGCUGAUUACGUUCACCAGCACGGUAUCUUUGGGUACAUCUUUUUCGCCUUGAUGAUGUUUUUGGCGUUCCAAGUGGCGAAGAAGUUGAUGCGGAGGCCAGUCAACCGCAGAGUGGGGAUUAUUGGCAACAUGUUUGCCAAAAGCGAUUGA